GAGAGAAACGACCCUUGAACUCUGAGGGCCGUCUGACGCGCACCGUUACUCAUUAAACACUAAACGCCACACCUCGCCUGGCCACUCCACCGCGUCUACGUUGAGGACCUCACCGCUCGAGUGAAUUCAGUGGGCGACGGGGUUUUUUUUGUGUUGGUGUGGGUUUUUUUGUUUUACAAAAAUCUCGACUCAGAGAGAGACGCGCAUCUCCAAAGCCUAUCUAUAGAUCUCUCAAGACUUGGCCAAAAAUAAUGACGGGCAUGCCACUUGCACUUAGGAUUUGUUUAUUAACCUGCCUUCUUCAUUUUGUCAAAGGUAACACUCCUCCAGUGUUUCAAGGUGAUGGGGUAUAUACAAUAAUUGAAGACACGCCAAUAGGUACCGAUGUAUUCACGGUGUUGGCACAAGAUGACGGUGUAAUUACGUACAGCCUCAGUGGGUCUGAAGCGACUCGUUACUUCACGAUCAAUAGUAUCACGGGAGUCGUGACUCUGAAGUCCACCAUAGAUCGUGAGGAAUAUGCUACCCCAGAAAAGAAUGAGCAGUUUACAGUUCAAGCCAUCAUUAAAGAUGUAGUUUAUACCGCUGACAGAAGAGUUCUGACAAUCAUCGUUUUGGAUGCCAAUGACAACAUUCCAGAGUUCAAGGGGCUUCCGUAUCAAAUUACUUUAGCAGAGAAAGAAUAUGUACAUGAAAAUUUUUUUAACGUCACCGCUGAAGAUAAAGAUGGUGGAAAUUUUGGCAGAGUUGGCUAUAAAAUGGAGGUUGUUCCGAACACAAACAUAUUCACAAUAGAUGCCAACAACGGAAGUAUCUUUAUUAAUGGAAGACUUGAUUACGCUGAAAACAUUGUCUAUCAGAUCAAGAUCAAUGCCUCGGACAAGGGAGACAUCCCGUUGAGUUCAGCUGCAAUUCUGAUCGUUAACGUUGAGGACCAGCCCAAUCUGCCGCCAGAAUUCAGAAAUGAAAUUUACCAAAAAAACAUAAUGGAGAACUCCCCUGUGGGCACCUUUGUUUUGUCUGUGACAGCUGUGGACGGAGACAAGGGCAUCAACAAUCGAAUUGAAUAUGAACUUAAAGGUGACAUGAACGGCAAUUUCAAGAUUAAUAAUGCAACUGGGGAAAUACAAACGGCCGCACGUAUUGACCGAGAAAACACCACCUACAUCCAGCCCGGUGAUACCAUCACAUUCUAUGUCCAGGCUUCCGAGGUACUCAAUGGCAACCAUACUGGUCCUUCCAACGCCACAGCUACAAUCAUAGUGACGGUGAUGGAUGAGAACGACAAUGAGCCCACGUUUUACCUGAAGACGGCCGACGAGCCCAUGGGCAGUAUUAGCAGCACGUUUGACGUGUACUUACCCGAACAGAGUUCAGCCGGGUCACCGAUCUCAAACCUCAACAUGUACAUAAGGGACCCCGAUAAGGGGGAGAAUGGCGAAGUUGUCCUUUCCAUAAACACAACAGUCUUUGAAAUCGUGCCCAACGUAACCAUAAAUGAAGGCCCUCUCACCAUCCGAGUCAAAACUAAAAGUCAGUUGGAUUAUGAAAAGAUCCAAGUGUUAUAUGUGCAGGUCACUGCCACAAAUGGUAACUUCACCACGACGGCCAUCGUGACUAUUAACCUCGUCGACAUUAACGACAACAGCCCAACAUUUUCUGACGAAAAUAUCUACGUCAAUGUGUCAGAGGGCGCAAGUAAUGGUGACUUUAUACAUAUAAUUGAAGCUACCGACAUCGACUCAGGAAGCUUUGGAGAAAUAUUGUUCAGCCUUUCUGGUGCAACAGAUGUGAGGGACACGUUCCAGGUGGACAAUGUGACGGGAGCGCUUAGCGUGCGUGACAAAAAGCAGCUUGACCGCGAGACGAAGCCUGUGUUCUACGCCAACGUCAUCGCCAUGGACGGUGGGGGCCGCGUCUCGAGCGUGCCCCUGCAGAUCAACGUGUUGGACGUCAAUGACAACAUUCCCCGGUUCCAGCAGAUGACCUACACGGCAUUCUACAAAGAGAACAUGGUCAACGAUCCCAUUUUAAUCCUGGCCACGGAUAAAGAUGAGGAAGGCACCCAGAACAGCAACAUCACGUACUCCAUCUUCGGAGGGGACGACUUCUCGAAUUUCACCAUCGACGCCGCCUCGGGAAAGCUGACCGUCAGCGGGCAUCUGGACGCAGAGUCCAUGGACCCGUCGCUGAAUGGGAUGUUCAACCUCACGGUGAUGGCACAGGAUCAGGGAAAUCCUCCGCUCAACUCCACCGUGUCGGUCGUCGUCAAGGUGGAGGAUUUGAAUGACGAAACUCCGGUCUUCACAAAGCCGGUGUACACUGCUUCCAUCCCAGAAGACGCAAUCGCAGGACAUUUUGUGGUGAGCGUUCACGCUCCGGACUCUGACGUCAGCCCCCCGAACAAUCGCGUCAGCUACAGCAUCUUCAGUGGGUCGCGAGGAAACUUCCUGAUCAGAGCUGUUCCGAUAGCCGACGGCUCUUUAGACUUCGUCGGCAACAUAUCAGUGGAUUCCGGCAACCAGCUCGACUACGAGGUAGACAAAAUCUACACGAUGGUGAUCGUGGCGACUGACUUGGGCUUCCCGGAGCGCAGCUCAAGCACCACUGUUACGGUCCUCAUCACAGACGUAAACGACGAGACUCCGGAAAUCAAGGAUUUGCCCCGCAGCGUCGAUGCCGUCGAGAACGGACGGCCUGGGGCGAUGGUGGCCAACGUGACUGGAUUUGACAAGGACACGGACGCGGACCUGAAGUUUUUCAUCAGCGACCACUCUUGCUACAAAGGAGUGAAUAGUGUCAACAAAUCGGAAUGCGCCAGGUGGUUUGAGAUCAACAGCACAUCUGGAACCGUCUACUAUGGUGACAUCGAGGUGGACUUUGAGAAGAUCACCAUGGAUCUCACUGUGGUCCUCAUUGAUCUUGCGACAGUGAAAAGCAGAAAUUUUACCUCUGGUGUACUCACAAUCAACAUUGUGGAUGCCAAUGACAAUGAUCCCAUUUUCCAAAUAAGACCUUCGACAGGUGUAAUCGUUGCAGAAAUUGCGAAUGAUAAAUACGUGUUUCCAGAAAUUUGGCAGGCGACAGACAGUGACGAGGGAGAAAACGCCAAGCUCAGGUUCAGUGUGACGAAGCUGCUGCUGGUUCAUUCCAACAACAUAUCGGAGGAGCAGGAUGUGAACAUAUUCUCCAUGGAGACCCAAGCGAGCGAAAACAACAACCAGUACACGGGCUCCAUGGGCAUAACAAGAGCCAUAAACCCUGCGCAGGACGGAAGGUACAUCAUCACCGUGACAGUGUCGGACAACGGGAGUCCUCAGCUUAGAGCAUCGACCGACUUCACCGCCUUCCUCAUCAGUGAGACGAACAAGGUAAAGCUGGAUUUCGAUGGUUCUGUACAAGAUAUUGAAGCAAAGAAAGGUCAAAUAUCCAUAAAUCUGCAGAAGACUGUGUACAACUCCAUUGUCGCAAUAACUGCCAUCAAACCAGCGUCUACGAAACAAACCCGCGAGGGAAGCGACAAGUCAGUUAUGGAGGUGUACUUCUACUUCAGCAAUGGGACAGCUGUGAGUCAAGAACGAGCGGUGAAAGUGAUACAGGACAGUGUGGGAACAGAGGCGGUGCAGAAACUCAUAGGCCUGGGAAUGACGGGUGUGGGUUCGGGUCCCACAUUUGAAGAUCCAAAUAUGGCGCAGUUAAGGCUGUUGGAGAUAUUGGUGAUCUCGCUGGCGGUGGUUCUCCUCCUCAUCCUGACUGUCAUGAUCACCAUCACAGUCUGCAUGCGCACGAGCUACCAGAGGAAACUCAAGUCCAUGACCGCGAUGAACCGCGCCAAGGAAGUGAAGAGCGCACCGGCGCAGAACGGAACCCAGGUUCCCGGCACGAACAUGCACGCCACGGAAAAAUCGAACCCGCUGUGGAACAGCCCCGUCUAUGAGCUUCCUGACCUUGGCUAUAUCGAGGAGAGUGACCCUGACAGGAAGAGCAUAAACUCUCUGGAUGAAAAUGUUCUUGAUGCAAGCGAUUUGCGGAUCGAAGAAACGGAAAUGAGUGUGAAGAAGGCGCCGCCAACGAAUUACAGCCCCAAGCACGGUGAGAGCGCCCAGCAGAACCUCCUGGGAGCCGCCCUCCAGCAGCGAGAAAAGGAUCGCAGUGCCCGCGACAUGAAAUUGCCCAACUUGCAGGGCGUCGACAACGAUGUUCUUGACACAACGGAUAUCUAACCGGAGCCUGCGGCGUGCCCCUUGCACACCAUCAGCUCGCAAGCUGCUGGCUCCCUCUCAAUCGUAUGGUCGCUAACAAAGUAUACACUGGUGCAGCCAUGUGGAGUUAUGGCGAGGGAUGUGGAAGUAACCAUGCAGAGAAAAAAAACCUCGUUCUUUGCAGAGCAACCUGUGGUUCCAGAAUCAGAAUCUUCAUUUGAACUGGAAGAAUCCGAUGAGCUAUGAAGCUCGUUUUCACCAAAACAACCUAUUAAAAGUAACGUUCGUGAUGAAUGUAGUUUACACAGGUUAACUGACAGAACAAAGUGGGUUUUUUAUUUCUUUAAGGCAACUCCAGGACUCCCAGCUUCUCUUAAGAUUACCAACCACGCAGUAAAACAUAUUCCAUACAUGCAUUCCCCUUCCACACAUAAUUUAAGGACAGCAUUCAAAGGGUUUAAUAGUCUAUUUCCACAUUAACAAAAAAAGCUCAACACAUUGAUCAAUAAUAAUGCCUUCAAAUGAACCAAAAUUAAACUAGGCGAUGUUUUUGGCACUUCACAUGAGACCAUUUGUAGAAUGAAUGGCUUGUUCACCUCAUAUUAAGGAUAAAACAAUAGCACAAAGAUAAACAAAACAUUUCCAAACGUUCUAUAUUUCUACUAAAGAGCAGCUGGUUCAUGCAACGGAGCCCGAUGUCGCAUUACGGACCUUGAUGGCAAUAUGAUUUUGGCGUUUCGGUGCUUGAACACAACGCUUAAUGAAUGGCACCGCUUCUGGUUAGGACAUCGCGGUACAGACGCGGCAGAUUGACAAUCAUUCUAAGCAAUUCCCACGACUUUUCUGAUUUUGUGGGAGGCCGGUCCGGUGGAUGGGCGUCUGCUCUCGAGAGCAAACGGAUCCGAGUUCAGUGCGUGCUCUGUAUUGCUCACUGCUCUGAGAAUCCUCAAAUUAUUUGCAGCGAAAAAUGACUUCUGGGUCAAAGUUCCUUUUGGAAUUGUUCAGGCAUGUGCUGGAUUAGUCUGUGCUAUGCACGUGGAGUUGACACGAGCAAAUAUAUUAUGCAUUCUGAGGAACAACUGUAGACGUUAAACUAAAGAUUGUGAUUUACUAGUUUUAACAAAACGAUAGCAAUAAAUUAUAGAUGUUUAGGACAAUGUAUGAUAGCACUUUAUGUAACUUUUUAAGGUUUACAAAGUAAUUGUAAAUCAAAAUACAUUUCAGGUACUCUUUUAAUGUUUUAAUUAUUAUUGUUAAUUUCACCUUUGCCAAUACAUAGCAACAGAAUAUUUGCGUUUAAUAUUGUAAUUGUCCACUGGUCUUUGCUAUUCCUCCGAUGUUACUGUAUUCUGUUUUUCAAAUGUUGUGUUUUCACAGCGGAGUUUUGUCAAAAUCAAACCUGAAUAUAUAUGUAAUGAGAGUUUCAUCGUAUUAAUAAAAAAAAAUUAAUCUUAUUACAAUCA